AUGGCUGAGAGUGUGUUAUUGUUAGUUCAUCAUCGGGGAAAGAUCGAUGAAAACACAAGUGAGGGUGUAACGUUCAGUAGCAAGAAACAGAUUGGAGUGUUCAUAAAUCCAUCAACGAGUUUAGAUGAUUUACGAAAUAGCAUAUUACAAAAUUUAGGUAAGUGCGGUAAAAGGCUUGUCAAGCAGAUGUUCUUCAAGAUCCCUAUCUCACUCAGGCAGGGUUAUGUGAAGUUUGGAAAAUAUGAGAUGUUGGGCGAUGAUGACAUUCGCGUUAUAUUUCACAGUCAAAGCAGAUUUCCAAAUCUGGGAGCUAUGGAGUUGUUCGCAAAAAUGGCUGAUGUGGAGGGUAGCUCCGGUGGAUCUGCUCCAAAUCCGUCCACAAUCGGGGUAGGUGGUGCUUCAAGUGCCAUUCCUAUUCGUCACGACGUCACCGCGCACGUUUCAUCUCCGUCAUUUGCAGCCGAUCUGGCUGUUUAUGCCGAAGAUGGGGAUUGCAUUGGUGAUGUACGAACCGUCGGGGAGCUUGCAGCGGCAAUCAGAGAGGGACCGGUAUUGGAUGGUGCAACUACAUUCAUGGAGGUCAGAGAUGGGGAUCCAGUUGCUGAGGCCAUUGGUGAUGAUGAUUCAGAUUCGGAACCACCCGUUAUCGGUGACGAAUCUGACGAUGAGGAUGACACAAGACCAGUUGCACCAUCGCAAGGACAAACAAGUUCUCAGACACAACAGUACCCUCCACACUUCUCUACAUUGGAUCUUGAGGCGAUGAAUCAACCAGCAUUUCCAGGUCGACAAAUGUCAAGUAGUCACAGAGACGAGCAAGGUAUGCAUGGGGCAGAGGAGUUUGAGGUCGGGCAGCGGUUCCAGAGCAAGGAGGAGGCAGUGUUAAUGGUGAAGAAUUAUAAUAUCUGCCGUGGUGUUCAGUAUAAGGUGUUUGAGUCGGACCAGUUGAAGUAUCACGGGAAGUGCGUCCAGUUUGGGAAUGGGUGUAAUUGGCUGAUACGUGUGACUAUGCGGCAGCGGAAAGGAUACUGGGAAGUCCGGAAGUACAAUGGGCCUCACACAUGUCUUGCAACCGAGCUGUCCACCGACCACAGGCAGCUUGAUUAUCAUGUGAUAUGUGCGUCAAUUCUAUCGCUGGUCAGGGCGGAUAAGGCAAUCUCGGUGAAAGUAUUGCAGAAUGCGGUGUCAACGCCAUAUGGUUUCAAGCCCAGCUACCGUAAGGUCUGGAUGGCUAAGCAGAAGGCGAUUGCACAGAUUUAUGGUGAUUGGGAGGAAUCUUAUAACAUGAUUCCGAGGUGGAUAAUCGGGGUUCAGAUGUACAUGCCCGGCACCAUUGCAGUAUUGCGUACUUCACCUGUAAGGUCUGGUAAUGCGGUCGAUGAGUCGAGGGUUUUUUUCAUCGAUUGUUUUGGACGUUUUCGCCAUGCGUUGAGGCAUUCAAGUAUUGCAAGCCACUGA